AUGGCGCCCUCCCUCCUCUCCGCCGCUGCCGCGGCCCUGCUCCUCGCCAGCCAAGCCGCCGCCCACUUCACCGUCCAGUACCCGCCCACCAUCCAGCCCUUCAGCGACGACGGCGAGGACCAGGCCCCCUGUGGCGGCUACACGCCCGACCUGGCCUCAGCGUCCACCGUCACCGAGUUCCACGUCGGCGGCGACUCGAUCGCCACAAAGUCGUCCCACUCGCAGCAGAACUGGCUCUACCGCAUCACCACCGACAACUCGGCCUCCAGCAGCGCGAACUGGACCCAGAUCGGCGCCAUCACCACCCAGAGCGGCGCGGGCGCCUACUGCCAGUCCAAGAUCACCGUUCCCGACGCGUGGGUCGGCAAGACGGCCAUCCUUAGCAUUGUCGGCAGCGCCCCCGAUGGGCUGCUGUACCAGUGCUCCGCUGUAAAGUUCGUCGCCGGCACCGCCCCCUCGACCCCAAGCCAGUGCACGACCGCCAACGGCGUCGAGUCAUUUGGCGCGUCAGACCCGGCCCUGUCCGCGCUCGUCAGCAACGGUGGCGGCAGCUCCUCGUCCCCCACGCCGUCUGGGACGCCCUCCUCGUCCACGCCGGCAAGCUCGUCCGGCACGCCCAGGCCGUCUACCACGCCCAACGCUGCCGCCCCCGCGGCUGCUGCUGCCGGGGUUGUCGGCGCGGUCGUGUUUGGUGUUGCGGCCAUGUUGGUCUAA